AGUUGAAACUGAGAAGCAUGGAAGGAGAAAGAAGGAAGAGGAAAAUAAUAGAGAAUGAAGAAGAAAGUGAAGAGCAGCAGCUAGAGAAGUUCUUUGCCCUGAUAAAGAGCACGAAAGAUAUACGCGAUCGUCUCUCUAAAGAGAAAGAGGAAGAGAAGGCAAAGGGUGUUUGGAACCCGACGUUUCAACCAGAAGAUUUCAUUGAUGAUGUAGAUUUGACAAGGAUUAAUAUUUUACAUCAACCUGCAGCUGGUCCUUCAGGGCAAGAGAAAGAGAAGGAUGAUGUACACAAAGAAUCACCAGAAGCAGCCGCAGCAGCAGCCGCAGCGACGCCGCUGGAAGAAAAUGAAAAUGAAAAUAGAAGGAAAGCAAGUGAUAAAUUAGACCUAACCCUUUCUUUGUAA